CCUGACAAACCUUAGGACACCCUGCGGUGGGUAUAUCUGAGGCGAAGAAGCCUGAGACCACUAUCACCUGUGCCAUUCGUUCUGCCCUGUUAACGCAGUGGUUCCGGACGGCUUUUUUGGAAAUUUAUUUUGAAAAACCUAAGUGGCUACAAGCUGCAGCUACUUUUUUUUGGUUUGACUCUUGUACCGUCUACUUUUAGAGGACUAGAAGUUGCAUCAUAACUUAGGUAAACUGCUGCGUCACCUCAGAGAACCCUGCAGAAAAAGCAAUGUCCUACACAUCCAAACUUCCCGCGUCCUGGAAUGAUAAACCACCUCCUCGGAAAGUCGAAAUUGACCUGAGUUCACCUGGCUUAGCAGUGUUUGAAUUGGAAAGACUCCUGUUUACUGGCAAAGCCAUCAUCAGCCAUGCAGAUGAAGUUUGGCCAAGGCUUUACAUCGGUGACCAAGACAGCGCAGAGAACCAAGCGGACCUAUUCAAGCAUCGAGUCACUCACAUCCUGAACGCAGCCCACAGUAACCGCAGAGGGAAGCCAGACAUCUAUGACUCCAUGCAGAUCACCUAUAUGGGCAUAGACGCUCGUGAUUCCUGUGACUUUGACAUGAGCGUCAACUUCCAGGCAGCAGCAGACUUUAUCCACAGGGCUCUCAGCAGAGGAGGCAAAGUGUUGGUGCACUGUCACGUAGGAGUGAGCCGCUCUGCCACCCUGGUCCUGGCUUACCUGAUGCUGAAGCAGAACCUGACCCUCGUGGAGGCUAUUUGUGCUGUGAAAGAGAACCGGGGUGUCAUCCCCAAUCGAGGUUUCCUCCGACAGCUCAUCAAACUGGACAACCAGCUCUUUGGCAUACAUUAAAUGCUGCCUGGUGGCAUUAUUGUUCAUAUUUCAUGGGUCCAGACCUAGGAAAAAUAUGGAAAAGAUAGUUCUAGUAUAUUUCAUAAUGUGUAAAAGAGUAAAUGCACUGAUUUCAUUUCGUA